CUAAUGCAUUAUUGAACUGCAAACUUAACAACAAUGGGGUUUGGGCAAGUUGGAUUUGGAUUGGUGUUCCUUUUUGUGCUGGGAUUUUCUGAAGCACAAUGGAGUCCCAGUGAAAGAAAUGAUUGGACUCCAGGCGUCUUUAUGCCUAGGGCAAAAGCUCAGAAGACCGACUCUAGGAUGCCUCCAUUUCCCAAGAAAUAUGGCCCCAGUAAACCUGCAUCUGCCCCAAAAAGAUUUCCUGUCCAAACACCAGCCAAGAGUGACUUUAGGAGGCCUUCUCAAGAUGUUUUUGGUGUUCAGUCAAAAGAACAGAUGCUGGGUCCAGUGACAAAACUGACAUGGCAGUUUCCAAGCCUGCCAGAAGAACCACGGCAGCCAGUCAUCCCUUUUGAUCCGCGUCACUUUGUCCCUCCCAACAGCGUAGCGGCUCAGUGUAGAGAGGGUUCCAUAUAUGUGGAAGUCAAGAAAGACUUCUUUGGGAUUGGGAAGCUAGUGAGCUCCUCUUCUCUUACACUGGGAAGCUGUAGUGCAACUGGAGAAGACCCUUCUGCUCAAGUGCUUGUCUUUGAGUCUGGAUUGCAUGGAUGUGGCAGUGUAGUGAUGGUGACUAACGAUGAGCUUGUCUACACCUUCAAACUUCUCCACACCCCACAAGAGGCUUCAUAUGGUGUUCCUAUUGUUCGGAGCAUUAGUGCAGUGGUUGGAAUCGAGUGUCACUAUUCAAGAAAGCAUAAUGUGAGCAGCGACUCCUUAGUGCCCAGUUGGGUCCCAUAUACCUCUACUGAAGCUGCAGAGGAGGGCUUCGUCUUCUCCCUCAAGCUCAUGACCGAUGACUGGAGAUUUGAGAGGCCUUCUAACCAAUACUUCCUGGGUGAUCUCAUAAAUCUUGAAGCAUCUGUGCUUCCAUACAGCCAUGUUCCCAUCCGUGUGUUUGUGGACAGCUGUGUGGCUACAGUAGUCCCUGAUGUCACAUCUGUCCCCAGAUACUCCUUUAUUGAGAACAAUGGGUGCCUGGUUGAUGCCAAGCUCACAGGCUCCAGGUCUCACUUUAUGCCCCGAACUCAAGGUGACAAGUUGCAGCUUCAGCUAGAGGCUUUCAGGUUCCAGCAACCAGACAGUGGACUGGUUUACAUCACAUGCAUGGUGAAGGUGGCUGUAGCAACAACGACUCCAAAUCCUGAACAGAAAGCUUGUUCCUUCUCUGCUAAUGGUUGGGUGUCUGCAGAUGGUUCUGACCAGGUGUGUGGCUGCUGUGACUCCACAUGUAGUACCAGAAGAGGAAGUGACCAGCCCCAUAAAGAUCUGUUGUGGGAUAAAACCUCUGUUGGGCCCAUCAGAGUUAAAGAAUCUGGCUAUGGCCAAAAAUAACUGGAAGUGCUGUGACUUCAUUAAAAAAAUCUUAAUGGGU